GAAGCAGGGAAAGGGUUGGCCUCCAACACCCCCACCCCAGGCGGCGUCGAAGGGUCCGAAAGGCGGGCCCGGCCGGUUGCUAGGGCCGCCCUGGAGAAGGGGGCGGCGCCCAGCGCGGGGGAAAGGCCACCGAGGAGGGGGAGAAAGCCAGAGGAUGGACCCCUUGGCCGUUCGGGCCCCGUCACUGCUGCCUUCGGGGGGCGACCAUGAGAGGCUGGCCAAGAUUCAUUUUAAAAUUUUAAGAGGACAUUCAGAUGCUGUGACCUCCUGUCUUUUCUGUUUUGAUGAUACAAAAAUUAUUUCAGGCUCAUAUGACAGCACAGUGAAACUUUGGGAUGUUGAGCACUAUAGCCCUGUUCAGACUUUUGACAAGCAUACUGGACCCAUUUCUGAAUGCUGCCUGAGUCCGGAUAAUGAAAGGUUGAUAACAGCAUCGUAUGAUAAAACACUAAAGGCUUGGGAUACUGAAACAGGAAAAAUGCUUUGGUCCCUAGAACAGGAUGGCCUUUUAACUUCAUGUCAUAUUUCUCAUGAUGGCAAAUACGUUGUCUCUGGUUCGGAUCUGGAAAAUGCUCUAUUCAUCUGUGAUGCCGUAAAUGCUAAACAGGUGGUGUUUGUCAAAGAGUAUCACAAAAGCACAGUGACGCGAUGCCGUUUUGAUCCUGACAACCAGCGAAUAGCAACAGUAUCAUCUGAUAUGUCUGUGAAAUUCUGGGAUAUCGUAGCACAAUCCACCACGAUCACAAUUGACCGGGCACACACCAAUGCAAUUUCAGACUGCUGUUUUUCUUUGGAUGGCCAUUACUUGUGCACAGCAGGCUGGGAUGAAACCUUAAAACUAUGGGAUGUCAGAACUGGGGAGUUCCGUUCUCAUGGGCCCAUUACAUUGGAUCAAGGUCAUAUAGGUAUUGUUGGCUGCUGCGAUUUCAGUAAAGAUGCAUCACUUGUCGUGUCUGGUGGUUAUGACAAAACAAUAAUUGUCUGGGAUGCAAGAGAAGUAUAUAAAAGGCUAAGUUUAAAGGGCCAUAAGGACUGGGUGACAGAUGUUGCAAUGAGUAGCGACAAGAAGAAACUUGUUUCUUCCUCAAAGGACUCUACAUUGAGAUUAUGGGACAUUGAAAAUGCUAAUGAAAUCCCUCUGGUAAUACAAGCCAUAAAAACAAGAGGCUCCAAGUUAACUAAGUGUGAAGAAUGCGAGAAGCCUUUCUUAAUCUUCCAGAAUAAUGAAGACAAAGUGGAAAUCAAUUGUGUUUUCUGUCGAUUGGCAAUGCGAAAGAGAAGUGAUUUACCGGUGCCUCCUCCAUUGCCUUCUGAUCUCUAAUGAACCUGCAGUGAACAAAAAUUAAAAUGCUUAUUUAUGUCAGACUUUAAAAAAAAUAUUGACAUCUGUAAUACUGUAUGAUGUGUGGAAAUGUGCCUGUAUAUACAGUACUUGGAACUUAAAAAAAAAAAUCUAGACUUUGUUAGUUCAAAAACCCAAAGUGUGUCUUUUCACACAACCACUUUCCCCAGCUCUGUCGUAAUUUAGGAUAACUAAAUUAUCACAGAAAUUACGACUAAAUUAAGUCACUUUAUGCUGAGAUUCCUGUGGAACUGGGUCAUUUGAAGAGUCCAUUGUGACCUGCUAGUUGGAAGACAUAAAAUAAACAUCAGUAUUACCAAACACAUUCACACAAUUUAGUACCCUGUGACUCUCAAGUGUCGUUUUUUGAAGGUAGAAGCCAUAUGAAUCUCUCCUGAUUUAGGGCACAGUGUGUAUCAGUUCUCACAAUCUAAAUACUGUACAACACAGACUUUGCAUUAGAGAUGACACAAAUUAUACACACAUGUAUGUGGGGAGAGAGAAAACUGUCAGGCGUAAGGAAUACAAGUCAGUUGCAGGUCUUUUUUACUUUAAAUUUUACAACUUCAUACUCUGCUGAGCUACUUUAUCCAUUCACAGCUUUGUCUUCUGGGAGAAAGCAGGACAUAUUAAUUGGUUGCCAGCUAACCUUGCCAGUUAUUCGUAGGACCUUUUCAGUCAUAGCAAUACAUUUAUAUAAAAUGAAUUAAACUUUGGAGGUAUUAAAUUUUCUGAAUAUCAGCAUGAAUUCUGUCCUGAAGAGAUAUUAGAUUGCUUUAUAUUAGAUGGAUGCUUUAAUAUCUAGGGCUGCUUCUCAAAAAUGCAUUUGUAAUUACACGAUAUGUUUAUGAGAAAAUUAGCACAGAAAAAAAGUAGAUAGCCUGGUAUGUAACAUGCUUAUAUAUAGAUUGUAGUUUAAUAAUGGGAUAAAUAAAAAUAUCAGUAAAAGAUAAUAGGCUUUUUAAUUGUUAAGUUGUUUAAAUGAUAUAACUUGAAUGGUUUUCCUAAUUAAAAGUGGUGCCCCCCCAAUUAAAUAUACAGGCUGAUAUCCCAUAGGAUAACUCUGAGUUACUCUAAAAGACUACUUCAUUUCAAUAGGUAUACUCAGGAGUAAUUUAGUCUGGAUGUCAGCCACUGCCUUUCAAUAAAAUUUUCUUUUGUCAAUGAAUAGUAAUGUGCCCCAGUAUAUCAUCUUCUCUGUUCCCUAUUAAUUAGGUAUAAUCAUUUUGUAGUUAAGUUUUAUUUAAAGGCAUUAUAUGUGGUUCUGUGGAAGAAAACCCUUCAGAAUAUUUAAAAUAUGUGAUUAAUUGUGGAUGUAAUUAGUUUUGGCUGGAAUGAUUAGGAUGCUGAACUAAUUUUUGGAUUUGGGAACAGUACUAGCCUUGAUUUAAUAAAUUAAUAUUUUAAACUA